CCCCCUCCUCUUUCUCCUCCUCCAGAACCCCCGGUCCGCUCCGACUCUCGCGAGAGCCCUACUGGCUAUAAAGGCAGCGCCCCGGGCGGAUUUUGCGCGUUUUGUUCUUGUCUGGCGUUGGUGGUUUGUUUCUGUGACUUGUUUUAGGACUGCUGAUAGGAAGAUGUCUUCAGGAAAUGCUAAAAUUGGGCACCCUGCCCCCAACUUCAAAGCCACAGCCGUUAUGCCAGAUGGUCAGUUUAAAGAUAUCAGCCUGUCUGACUACAAAGGAAAAUAUGUUGUGUUCUUCUUUUAUCCUCUUGACUUCACCUUUGUGUGCCCUACGGAGAUCAUCGCUUUCAGUGAUAGGGCAGAAGAAUUUAAGAAACUCAACUGCCAAGUGAUUGGUGCUUCUGUGGAUUCUCACUUCUGUCAUCUAGCAUGGAUCAACACACCUAAGAAACAAGGAGGACUGGGACCCAUGAACAUUCCUUUGGUAUCAGACCCGAAGCGCACCAUUGCUCAGGAUUAUGGGGUCUUAAAGGCUGAUGAAGGCAUCUCAUUCAGGGGCCUCUUUAUCAUUGAUGAUAAGGGUAUUCUUCGGCAGAUCACUGUAAAUGACCUCCCUGUCGGCCGCUCUGUGGAUGAGACUUUGAGACUAGUUCAGGCCUUCCAGUUCACUGACAAACAUGGGGAAGUGUGCCCUGCUGGCUGGAAACCUGGCAGUGAUACCAUCAAGCCUGAUGUCCAAAAGAGCAAAGAAUAUUUCUCCAAGCAGAAGUGAGCGCUGGGCUGUUUUAGUGCCAGGCUGCAGUGGGCAGCCAUGAGAACAAAACCUCUUCUGUAUUUUUUUUUUCCCCAUGAGUAAAACACAAGACUUCACAUUCAGCCGAAUUGUGGUCUCUUACAAGGCAGGCCUUUCCUACAUGGGGUGGAGAGACCAGCCUUUCUUCCUUUGGUAGGAAUGGCCUGAGCUGGCGUUGUGGGCAGGCCACUGGUUUGUAUGAUGUAUCAGUAGAGCAACCCAUUAAUAUUUUGUAGUUUGUAUUAAACCUGAACUGAGACCUU